ACUUGCCCGUGACGUAAAACUAACGCGUCACCGUUUGUUUGUCUUUGGACCUGGUUUGACGUUAGCUUGGUUUUCGCUUGCGUUGUUAACACGUAUAAUGCGCUAUAACCAGCGUUUUUGAUUCGAACAUGUCCGAAGGGCAGUGGAAGACAAGUUAAUGAAAAUAAUAAGAGAAAUCACCGGAUGUCAGGAUGAACUGGAUUUUCCCGCAGUCUAAGAGCUCUGGAGCGAUUCCGCCUCUGAACAGUUUACAGAAACAGAGACAGCGGCAGAUCGAGUCGCUUAAAGCUGCGCAUUCUACCAUCGCAGAGAUCCAGAAAGAUGUGGAGUACCGGAUUCCUUUCACUGUUAACAACUCGACCAUCAACAUCAACAUAUUGCUUCCACCACAGUUUCCUCAAGAGAAGCCCGUCGUCACCGUGUAUCCUCCCGUCGGUCAUCACAUAGUGGACGGGAACAACGGCACCGUGAUCACCAGCCCCCUCGUCACCAACUUCGGGAUGCACUCGGACCUGGGGAAAGUAAUCCAGAGCUUGCUGGAUGAGUUCUGGAAGAGUCCGCCUGCCCUGAUGCCCGGCGCUCCAUCCUUCCCGUUCAUGUACAAGCCGCCGUACCCUACGCAGAACUUUCAUUUUGUCCCCGCUUUCCCGAGCCAGGACCCCCAGCGCCCCGUCGUCCCCGCCCUGCUCCCACCGGCCCCGGGGUCAGAGAUGCAGCAGGUGACGAACCGUCCUCCGGCACCGGUGUACGGGUUGAUCACGGACCUCCCGCUGCCCGUCCCCAUGGCCGACUCACAGACCGGGCUGAACGGACACAUCUACAGGAUGCCCGAAAUCCCCGACUCGUUUCCAGAACUUUCCGAGAUGAGUGUGUCUCAGCUGAAGGACAUGAGCGAUAAUGAAGACGUGCUGCUGGAGUUUUUUGCGUGUCUGCCUCAGCUCAAGCAGGUCUCCAGCGAUAAAGAAGACCUGGUGAACACCAUCGUCACUGUGGCCAAAAAGAAUCUGCAGCUGGAGCCUCAGCUGGAAGGGAAGAGACAGGAGAUGCUGUACAAAUAUGAGCAGCUGACCCAGAUGAAGUCAGCGUUCCAGACCAAAAUGCAGAGACAGCACGAGCUCAGUGAGAGCUGCAGCCUGAGUGCCCUGCAGGCGAGGUUAAAGGUCGCGGCCCAUCAGGCCGAGGAGGAGUCUGAGGAGACGGCCGAGAACUUUCUGGAAGGAAAGACGGAGAUCGACGACUUUCUCACCAGCUUCAUGGAGAAGAGGACGCUUUGCCACAGCAGGAGAGCUAAAGAAGAGAAACUUCAGCAGUCCAUCUCCACGCACGGACACUUCCCCUCGGCACACUAGAGUCACUACUGGUUUCGGUACUAACGCAGAACGCUCCGCCUCACUUCACCACAAACACGCAGCGACGCAGAUCCGCAGCUCUGCUGCUACGGCCUGGAGGAGCAGAACGCGAGCCGGCGACGGUGUUCUCGGACCGCCCGGCGUUGCGGAUGGGCUUCAGCGAGGCUGUAGCAGGGUGUUCUUCAGAGUAUUAGUCACCCCACACCCCACCCCCCACCCCCGGAGUUCUCGUUAGCACACUUUGAAUACUGACCACGGAUUUCUUUCGGUUUCGGACCUUUCUUGCACUCGACGGAGAAUCUGAGAGCUGUCAGAUACGCCAGGAAAAAUACUGUAUUUAAUAAUGUGCAUAAUAGGCUUUAUUAUAAUCAGACGUUGUAUUAUAAGUUUAUUUAAUUUGAUAGGCUAAUAAAAUAUUUCCAAUAAUCA